UCCGCACCUUUUAGCCCCAGAAGCGUCUCGGAUCGGAUUAAGGAUGAAAAGGUGAAAGUUGGAUUUUGUAAAUCUGACACGCGCUAAUCCGAAACAAUUGAUGUGAACGGGCGAAGUGAUGUGAAGGAAACACAAGUUUGACAUCAAAUCCAAGAAAAAUGACUUCGGCUGAGAGGAUGCAUGUGGUCUGGAUUUUUCUCCUGUGUGUCGAGGAGGGAUUUUCCGUGGCACAGAAGACCAAAGAUGGAGGAUCGAAAGCGGUCCGACCCUCUCAACGGCCACAAAACUCUCGCAACUGUGGAAACUGGGUGCGAAACACAGAGGGAGGCAGCUUCAGCUCCCCAAACUACCCCAACACGUACCCUCCCAACAAGGAGUGCUUGUAUGUACUAGAAGCAAUGCCCCGCCAAAGGAUAGAGCUGCUGUUUCACGGGGCCUUCUACGUCGAGGCGUCGUUCGAGUGUCGUUUCGACCACAUAGAGGUGCGGGACGGCCCCUUCAGCUUCUCUCCGCUCCUCAAUCGAUUCUGUGGCUCGGCCAGUCCCGGACUCGUACUCUCCAGCGGCCGCUUCAUGUGGAUCCGCUUCUUCAGUGAUGAGGAACUUGAGGGGAGCGGCUUCCAGGUGCAGUACACCUUUACUGCAGACCCUGAAUUUCAUCUGCAUGUGGGAGGACUCCUUAACCCAAUCCCAGACUGUCAGUUCGAGCUGUCCGGGGCUGACGGCAUGAUCCGUUCCAGUCAGGUGGAGGAGGAAUACAAAGUGAAGCCCGAGCAGGCAGUGGACUGCAUCUGGACUAUACGAGCCCCAAAAAACCACAAGAUUUACCUACGCUUCCUGGAAUACCAGAUGGAAAACUCAAAUGAAUGUAAGAAGAACUUUGUGGCUGUUUACGAUGGCAGUAAUGCCAUUGAGGACCUAAAGGCCAAGUUCUGUAGUACAGUAGCGAAUGACAUCAUGCUGGACACUGGAUUGGGAGUGGUGAGGAUGUGGGCAGAUGAGACGAGCCGCCUCAGCCGCUUCCGGAUGCUGUUCACUUCAUUUGCUGACCCGCCCUGUGCAGGCAGUUCAUUCUUCUGCCACAGUAACAUGUGCAUCAACACUUCUUUGGUGUGCAACGGCAUACAGAAUUGCGUCUUUCCCUGGGAUGAAAGCAACUGCAAAGAAAAAAAGAGCAAAGGUGUUUUUCACCAGAUCACAAAGACGCACGGGACAAUAAUCUGUGUGUCUACGGGAGUGGUGCUUCUGCUCCUCAUCGUCUCCAUCCUGGUUCAAGUCAAACAACCGCGAAAAAAGGUGCUGGUGCGUAAGAAUAACCUGUUCCAGCGAGGAGACUUACAGGAGGCGUUUGACCCGCCACAUUAUGAGCUCUUUACUCUCCGGGACAAGGAGAUGUCGGGUGAUCUCGGAGAAUUAUCAGAAGAGCUUCAAUCCCUGCAGGCGCUCAGGAGAUCGUCGUCAGGCUCACGGUGCGUUCAUGAACACCACUGUGGUUCUCAGGCUUCUGUCAACUCCAUCAAAACCAGUCAGCCUGCCCAUGCCGUCGGGAGGGGAUCCUUGGAGCUCCCCCCUUUCCGAGGGGACUUCCAGAGCUCCUUGCCCCCCUCGAGGGACUUGCACAGCGGUCUGCGGAAAAAAAGCUGGCCCAGUAUGAAACCAGGUCGGAUACAGGGCCAUCACGGUUUAGAGGAAAGAGGACUCGGGCGGCAGGAUCGAGUGAUGGAAGAGGAUGAAGACGAGGGAGAAGAUGGAAGGUACGCUGUGUAUGUACGCAGAGCAGGAGGACGAAGAGGGAACUAUGAAAUGGCCCAGCAGAGAUCUCUGUCCAUGGACUUCUGAUAUAAAAGGCGAGGUGGAAUAAAUUCAAAAACUUUUUUUAAAGUAUGCCACACUUUCAGGGCAGAAAACAAAUAAGAGAAGAGAGGAGGC